AUGAAAAUCAACGGAAAGAUAUCUAACAAAAAGAAGAAGAAUGAUAACCAAAAGCGUUAUUAUGUUUCAACGCUGGAUCCAAAAGCAUAUUACGGUGGAAAUAUUAGAAUAGUCAAUAAUGAAGAAGAAGAAUAUGAUUCAGAGGAUUAUAAUCCGGUAGCAACCGAAAAUCUACCUGACAAAUACAUUGUGGAGCUCACAAAAGCGGCAGAUGAUAAAAUUGAAAAUGUGAUAAAGUCUACAACGGUUAACAUAACAACUACGACGUCAAUAUAUGAUUUCCAAGGAAAUAAAAUUAUUAUACGCCCCGAAGAAGCCCUCAUUGUAAUUUUGGUCCUUAUCCUUUGGAUUGGAGCGAUCGGUCUCUUCUUUCAUCGAUGGGGAAAAAUCAGAAUGUUGGAGCCGUACACGCCGAAAUUUGAAGCUGAACUUCAUCGACCCAGUUGUCCCCUUACAAGUAUCGAAGCCGUUGCUGUCGCCAAUAAGAGAAUGUCGCUUGGGCCACUUAAUGCUAUUCAAUGUGGCUCAUGGAAUCCCAAUGGAAAUGCAAGACAGUCGUUAGGGCGAGUAUACUCGCCUUAUUCUCGUCCUCGUUUGAAUUCAGUAUUCGUUGGACCUCAUCUUUUUUCACCGCCACAACCCCCGAGGAAGACAAAGUCUGCUGUCGACAUUCAUUCAUUACUCCUUGAAGCUGAAUGUGAAGUUUAGCUUUGAAGUCUUCUUUUCACUUUGUUUUGAAGAACGGUUUUUAGCUUUAAACAAUGAGAAACUUUAAACUUUUAUCAACUGCAAAAGUAGUUUUAAACAAGCAUUCAUAACCAACAUCACUAAAUCUAAAUAAU